CCUCCAGCUUGCGCAUGCGCGCUGCCACCUCCCCGCCUCCUUUUCCCCGCCUCUUCGCAGGUCCUGGCAGGACCAUAGUGACCCGCAAUCACCGCCACUUCCCACACCUCCAAAAACCCCAGAUUUAGCUUCGUAUCACACUGCUAUAUCGCGAUAAUAUUAUCGCAGCUAUUUAUAGGCAUCUUGAUGCUGAUUCACCCUGUUUUCUUUUACACGAACCCGGCGCCGUCCAGGACCCGCGACGGCGGGAGGCGGGUCCCCAAGAUGGCGGCGGCUCUGAGGGGCGGUGCCAAGAUGGCGCCGGCGGCAGCGGUCUGAGGAGCGGCCGGGGCUGCCCGCGCUCCCCCCGCGGCCCCGCCGGCCUCUUUUGGGGGCUCCCCGCGGCUUCGGGGAGCUCAGGGAGAGCGCGGAGAUGGCGGAGGAGAAGAAGCUGAAGCUGAGCCACACGCUGCUGCCCGCCGAGUCCAUGAAGGUGAUGGCGGAGGCCAUGGGGGUGCCGGGGCUCUCUGAGGAGACGUGUCAGCUGCUGGCGGAGGAGGCGAGCAACCGCCUCAAGGAGGUGGCGCAGGAUUCUCUCAAGUUCAUGCACAUGGGGAAGAGAAGGAAACUCACAACGGCAGACGUGGAUUUUGCCUUGAAAUUGAAAAAUGUGGAGCCGCUGUACGGGUUCCACGCGCAGGAGUUCAUCCCGUUCCGCUUUGCCAGCGGCGGCGGGCGCGAGCUCUAUUUCUACGAGGAGAAGGAGGUGGAUCUGAGCGACAUCAUCAACACCCCCCUGCCCAGGGUGCCCCUCGACGUCUGCCUCAAGGCCCACUGGCUCAGCAUUGAGGGGGUGCAGCCGGCGAUCCCCGAAAACCCCCCGCCAGCCCCCAAGGAGCAGCAGAAGGCCGAGGCCACGGAGCCCCUGAAAUCGGCCAAGCCCGGCCAGGAGGACGAGGGGGGGACCCCAAAACCCAAAGGGCCCGGGGGGGCCGGGGGCGACCCCAAAGGGAAGGAGAAGAAGCCGCUGCUGGAGGGGCCCCCCCUGCGGCUGAAGGCGCGCAGCGUGCACGAGCUGUCGGUGGAGCAGCAGCUCUACUACAAGGAGAUCACCGAGGCCUGCGUGGGCUCCUGCGAGGCCAAACGGGCCGAGGCCCUCCAGAGCAUCGCCACCGACCCCGGGCUGUACCAGAUGCUGCCGCGCUUCAGCACCUUCAUCUCCGAGGGGGUGCGGGUGAACGUGGUGCAGAACAAUCUGGCGCUGCUCAUCUACCUGAUGAGGAUGGUGAAGGCCCUGAUGGACAACCCCACCCUGUACCUGGAGAAAUACCUGCACGAGCUGAUCCCGGCGGUGAUGACGUGCAUCGUCAGCCGCCAGCUGUGCCUGCGCCCAGAUGUUGACAACCACUGGGCGCUGCGGGACUUCGCCGCGCGGCUGGUGGCCCAGGUGUGCAAGAACUUCAGCACCACCACCAACAACAUCCAGUCCCGCAUCACCAAGACCUUCACCAAGAGCUGGGUCGAUGACAAGACGCCCUGGACCACGCGGUACGGAUCCAUCGCGGGGCUGGCGGAGCUGGGACACGACGUGAUCAAGACCCUGAUCCUGCCGCGGCUGCCGGCCGAGGGCGAGCGCGUGCGGAACAUUCUGGAAGGGCCGGUGGUGAGCACCAUCGACCGCAUCGGGGCCGACCACGUGCAGAGCCUGCUGCUGAAGCACUGCGCCCCGGUGCUGGCCAAGGCGCGCCCCCCCCCCGACAGCCCCGAGUGUUACCGCGGCGAUUUCGGGUACCUGGGGGGGCUCCUCUGCUCACACGUGGUGAAGGCGAGAGCGCAGGCGGCGCUGCAGGCCCAGCAGGUCAACAGGACCACGCUGACCAUCACCCAGCCGCGCCCCACGCUGACGCUGUCGCAGGCCCCGCAGGCCCCGGGCGCCGCCCCGCGCCCGCCCAGCAUCAUCAAGGUGCCCAGCGCCAUCGCGCUGCCCGUGCCCGUGCCCGUGCCCACGCUGGCGCCCGGGCGCCCCGGCACCCCCACGCAGCCGUCGCCGCCGCCCCCCCAAGUCAUUGUCAUGUCCUCGGCCAGCAGCGCCGGCCAGCAGGUGAUCACGCUGAGCACGUCGCCCGCGCCCACGGCCACGUCGCCCGUCACCAGCACCGUGCCCAGCGUGCAGCCGCUGGUCAAGCUGGUGUCCCCCGCUGUCCCCAGCAGUGCCACCGCCGCCGCCAGCAGCAGUGCCACCCCCGGCGGUGCCACCACCGCCACCGGCACCGGCAGCAACGUCACCGGCGCCGUGCAGAAAUACAUCGUGGUGUCCCUGCCGCCCGCCGCCGCCGCCGCCGCGGGUGACGCGGCCAAGGGUGGCACCGCCGUCACCGCCAGUGCCACCAACGCCACCAACGCCACCCCGCCGCCCGCGCCGCAGCUGUCCCCGAGUGCCGCCACCACCGGCGGCUCCCCCGGUGCCACCGCCGCCGCCGCCACCAAGGGUGAGGCUGCUGGGGACAGUCCCCAAGGGGCCGGUGGCAGUGCCACCCUCAGGGCCAGCGCGGGGACACAGGAGCCACCGGCGGGGCAGUGACGGCGGUGAGGGCACCGCGGUGGCACCCGGGGACGCCAGAGGGGCACCAAAGUGUCACCACGGGGCACCAAAGUGUCCCCAGAGGGGUCUCAGUGUCACCAAGGGGCACCAGAGGGGUUCCGGUGUCACCAAAGUGUCACCAGAGGUGUCCCCAGAGGGGUCUCAGUGUCACCAAGGGUCACCAGAGGGGUUCCGGUGUCACCAAAGUGUCCCCAGGGUGUCCCCAGUGUCCCUAAAGUGUCCCCAAGGGUCACCAAAGGGGUUCCAGUGUCACCAAAGUGUCACCAGGGUGUCGCCAGUGUCCCUGAAGUGUCCCCAAGGGGCACCAGAGGGGCACCAGAGUGUCACCAAGGGGCACCAGAGUGUCCCCAGAGGGGUCUCAGUGUCACCAAGGGUCACCAGAGGGGUUCCGGUGUCACCAAAGUGUCCCCAGGGUGUCCCCAGUGUCCCUAAAGUGUCCCCAAGGGUCACCAAAGGGGUUCCAGUGUCACCAAAGUGUCACCAGGGUGUCGCCAGUGUCCCUGAAGUGUCCCCAAGGGGCACCAGAGGGGCACCAGAGUGUCACCAAGGGGCACCAGAGUGUCCCCAGAGGGGUCUCAGUGUCACCAAGGGGCACCAGAGGGGUUCCAGUGUCACCAAAGUGUCCCCAGCGUCCCUAAAGUGUCCCCAAGGGUCACCAGAGGGGUUCCAGUGUCACCAAAGUGUCCCCAGCGUGUCCCUAAAGUGUCCCCAAGGGCCACCAGAGGGGUCUCAGUGUCACCAAAGUGUCACCAAGGGGCACCAGAGUGUCCCCAGUGUCACCAGAGGGGCUCCAAAGGGUCACCAAAGUGUCACCAGGGUGUCCCAGUGUCACCAGAGUGUCACCAAGGGACAUCAGAGGGGUCCCAGGGUCACCAGAGUGUCCCCAAAGUGUCCCCAGGGGUGGGGUCUCAGUGUCACCAAGGGGUCCCUAAAGUGUCACCAAGGGGCACCGGGGUCCCCAAAGUGUCCCUAAAAUGUCCCUGGGUCCCUCCGUGGGGACAGAGGGUGUCCCCAAAAGUGUCCCCAAAAUGUCCCCGGGUGUCCCCAAGAUGUCCCCAAAAUGUCCCCCCGGUGUCCCCCCGCACGGGGGCUGUGUGGAGCUCAAUAAACUCCCAGUUCAUCCCAGUUAA